AUUCUAUUGAUAAAUUCCAUUUUUGCAAAUGAACUCAUGCUGGUGUUAUUGACAAUAUUUCUUGCCAAUAUACUUUCUGCAGUCUUUGUUGACCUAGUUAUGAGACUUUGAGAAGUACUGGCUUUAGCAGUCUUUUGCUUUUUGAACUAUUUGACCGUUUUGGAUAUGUUUAUCUUAGGCUUCUCAAGCUUUUCUUUGCCAUUAUGACAGCUAGAAACUGUCUUUGAAAAUGAAGACUCAUACUGUUUUCUGGUAGAUACUGGCUCCUGUUUUUAUGCUGAGGAGGACAGUAGAUACUGCAGUGUUGCAGAAGAACUGCAAGAAGUAGUAAAAUUUGAAGGACAACAGCCCUGAUUUUCUUCUUGGUGAAUAUAACUAUUAAACUAUCUGUUUCCAGCCAACUAAAUUUACCAGUGUUUAAGUUUUUGAAGUGUUUUGUGGUGUUGCCAACUAUUCUGCUAGGCUACAUGCUUGUUCUACAAGUCUGGAAAGAAUGCAGAUUAUUUUCAAACUGAAAAAGCUAAGUGAAGACAGCUUAACUAAGCAGCCUGAAGAAGUCUUUGAUGUUCUGGAGAAACUUGGGGAAGGAUCUUAUGGUAGUGUGUUUAAAGCAAUACACAAAGAGUCUGGACAAGUUGUAGCAAUUAAACAGGUCCCUGUGGAGUCAGAUCUUCAAGAAAUAAUUAAAGAAAUCUCUAUAAUGCAACAAUGUGACAGUCCCUAUGUUGUCAAGUACUAUGGCAGCUAUUUUAAGAACACAGAUCUGUGGAUUGUUAUGGAAUAUUGUGGGGCUGGGUCUGUUUCGGACAUAAUUAGACUUCGUAAUAAAACGCUAACAGAAGAUGAAAUUGCAACUAUUCUUAAAUCUACUCUUAAAGGACUUGAAUAUUUGCACUUUAUGAGAAAAAUACACAGAGAUAUAAAAGCUGGAAACAUCCUUCUUAACACUGAAGGGCAUGCAAAAUUAGCUGAUUUUGGUGUGGCUGGCCAGUUAACAGAUACAAUGGCAAAACGUAAUACUGUUAUAGGAACUCCAUUUUGGAUGGCUCCUGAGGUAAUACAAGAGAUUGGCUAUAAUUGUGUGGCAGAUAUCUGGUCCCUUGGCAUCACGUCAAUAGAAAUGGCUGAAGGAAAGCCUCCAUAUGCUGAUAUUCAUCCAAUGAGGGCUAUUUUUAUGAUUCCUACAAAUCCCCCUCCAACAUUCAGGAAGCCAGAGCUCUGGUCUGAUGAAUUCACAGAUUUUGUGAAGAAGUGUUUAGUGAAAAAUCCUGAACAGAGAGCUACAGCAACACAACUUCUACAGCAUGCAUUUAUUAAGAAUGCCAAGCCAGUUUCAAUUUUAAGGGACCUGAUCACUGAAGCUAUGGAAAUAAAAGCAAAGCGACACGAGGAACAGCAGAGAGAACUAGAAGAGGAGGAAGAAAAUUCGGACGAAGAUGAGCUGGACUCUCACACCAUGGUGAAGACCAGUUCAGAGAGUGCUGGUACCAUGAGGGCCACAAGCACGAUGAGUGAAGGCGCUCAGACAAUGAUUGAACACAAUAGCACUAUGUUAGAAUCAGACUUGGGGACCAUGGUAAUAAAUAGCGAUGAUGAUGAAGAGGAAGAUGGGACCAUGAAAAGAAAUGCUACUUCACCGCAAGUACAAAGACCUUCUUUCAUGGACUACUUUGAUAAACAAGAUUCCAAGAAUAAAAGCCCUGAAAACUGUAAUCAGAACAUGCAUGAACCUUACCACAUAUCCAAAAAUGUUUUCCCUGAUAACUGGAAAGUCCCUCAAGAUGGAGACUUUGAUUUCUUAAAGAAUCUAAGUUUAGAAGAAUUACAGAUGCGAUUAAAAGCUUUGGACCCUAUGAUGGAACGAGAAAUUGAAGAGCUUCGUCAGAGAUACACUGCAAAGAGGCAACCUAUCCUAGAUGCGAUGGAUGCAAAGAAACGGAGGCAACAAAAUUUCUGAGUUUGUUUUACUUUUGGAGAUAAUGUCAUGAGUCAGUGUGGACACUGGUGACUGUGUAAGUCUGAAGGAAUUCUAUUAUGGCAGUUUAAAAAAAAAAAAAAAAAUGCAACCUUUCAAAUUUUCCUUCACAAACGAUGACAAUUGGAGCAGUGGAAGAGCAUAUGUAUGGUAUUCUGCAGAGGCAGUAAAACACAUUACCACUUGUUAUAUUUUCAAAUGUUUAAUGUAAUAGAAGUUCAGUCUGUUACUUCUGAAUCUUUUUUCAGCUGUAUGGUGGCAAUUUUGUGUUGUACGUUAGGAGCUGUGUUUUGGAGCACCUGGAACUAUUUCUUGAUUGUGCAACACUACAGAGCCUUAUGUUGCAAUAUAUUUUCCUUCCAUUUAGUAGCAUAUUUAUUAUGUAAUCUUUGGUUAUCCUAUUUAUUUUAUGCCUGUUUACUUUUUUUAUUAGGAAGUAUUAAGAUAAUACAGUGGAGAGCAGAGUCAGAUUAGAUAAAAUUGGUGUUGCAGUAUGAUUAAAAAAAGCUCACCACUAUAUUGUCUUCUGAAACUCCAAUUUCAGCAAGCACCCUAAUUCAGGACAGCGCUUGAACACGUAUCCAGUCCAUUCAGAUCAGUAAGAUUUAAGCAUAAACUAAAUGAUAGGCACAUGCCUUGCUGCUGUCCUGAAUCAAGGACUGUGGCUGCGGUUGAGCGAUACAGUUGUUACACUAGAGAGCGUUCUUUUAGAGAGUAUUUCUGUCGUCUUUACGCACACUGAAUGAUCUCAUUAAACAGGAAAACAAGUGCCUAGUCGGUUUUGAUUUACAAUAAUUCAGGAGAAGCAAUAAUUGCAGUGACUCCUACAAUGUAAACUGCCAAUUGCUAUUGCAAUUCUGACCAGUAGAAAACCCUAUUUUGCACCCUAGUUUUAUAAUGAAGUAACAGCAACACUUUUUGGAUUUUUUUUUUUUGUUCAUUUAAUUUUUUAUCACUAUCUUGGGGGGAGAGGAAGUUAUUAGUGGUUUGGUUUGGUUUGGUUUCACGUUAUAGACAUUAAGGCAUAGUAAUUUAAAAGCCAAAGAAAAUCAAAAUCAACUGAAUACUGAAGCACUGAGAAGACGCAGCGUUUUGCAGUACUCUGCGGGUCCUGUCCUGCAGCCACAAAACAUUCAAAAUUCCUGUAGCCUUCUGUGGUAAAUUUUGGGGAAUCAGGAAGGCGGGAUCAAGCCCUUAGUUCUUUUUACAGCUUUUCUCUCUGGUUCAUGUUGUGUUAUAUCUAGUAGGUAGAAUUUAUCACAUUGCAAGAAAUAGUUCAGACUUAGCAGAAAAUGUGAUCCACUUUCUGAACAAUCUACUGUGUUCUCUAUUGAUAUCUUUGUAAUUGUUGCCUUUUGUGUAAUUAAUUUUACUGUGAUAGUCAUACUUUAAACAAUACAGCUGAAAAGGUCUUUACUUGCAACCUUCAGCUGUUCAUUUUUUAAUGGUGACUACUGUAUGGGCAUCUUCUGUUAAAUAUUUUCUGGAAGUUAGUAAUCAUCUCAUACCUCUUAGCAUUUACUGUCAUCAUAUGUGGACCAUUCAGAUGGAGCAGUGCAGAUUUUGGAGACGGUGCAGUAUAUUAUAGAGUUUAAGCAAAAGGGAAAAAAAAAUUUGAACAGUUCAGCCUGUUACAGCCAUGGUGGGACCAGAAUUUGCUUUUGAGCCGUCUACAGCCAUUGUUGUCGUUGUCAUUCUGUGUGUGUGUUUGCGUGCACACCACGCUCUGACAUGUAAACCUCAGAGUCAAAUAAAUUCUAACUGCGAUUAUUAGAACAUCCUCAUCCUCAGCUCUCUUUAUACUUUUUAAAAUAAUGACCAUCCCUUACAAAGAAACAAGAACACAGAAGAUCCAUAAAAAUUAUUUUAAGCAAGAUAAGACACCUUGUAGUCUUAUGCCUCACAUUUAUACAAUGAAAUAUGUCAAGUAAAAAACAGUAUAAUCAUAUCACCAUGUCGUUUGAUUAUAAUCAUAACGCAGCAAAAAAAGUGGCAAGCCCCCCAAUUAGUACAGUUAUUUAUUUAAAAUUCAUUUCCAGUUCUGAACUUUCUGUUUUCAGAAACUCUCUAUUGUUUAUAUACAACAGCAAAUAUAUGAAAAGCAGAAAGAUUUAAACCAUCAGGAGAGAAAAGUAACUUGUCUUUUGGUGGUGUGCCUUCUAAGCAAAGUGUCACUGUCCAGCACUCUUACUUGUGUCAUUAGUAGCUGUCUUUUCCCUUACUCUCUUAAACUUUUCCUACCAAAGAUAAGACACUGAUUUUGAAUAAUGUAGCUUUGCAGCAGAAUAUACAGCGUAGUAUAAUGAUCACAAUUUUCAUGUUUUGUGUUAUGGAAAUUUUUGCUAUGUAGUGCACUAAAUAUUAAACAGCUACCCAGAGGCACUCCAGUAAAAGGCCAUUUUAGACUAGAGCUGUUGCAGUCUGACAUCUGAAAGAUAUCAGAAGAUGAGGGACAUGCUUUCUUUACUCCUGAUCUGUCUGCAUAGAAGCAAUUUGAAUAAAUUUUGUGCACAUGAAUACAUACAGCUCUGGAUUAUACACACGGGAAAAAAAUCUGAAAGAGUGGAAUAAAUCAAAAGCCUAACAGGCCACUUAAAAUGGCUGAAAAAUAGCUUCUGCAUAGCUUGGAUGGAUGCAGGAAGUUUGUGACCAAAGAAUACUUCCACCAAUUGAUAUAAAAUUAGUAAUAUUGCCAUCUGAUAUGGCACACUAUAGUCAGUAUAAAACUGUCCUUGGCUUCAGAAGCCAGCGUAUCAGGCUCUAAAUUAGAUGCAAGAAUAACAUACAGAAAUAGGUUUUGUGUUAAGAGAUGGAUACAAUUUGUUUUUUCUUCUGUUUAUAUAACUGAAUCAAAUCCUCUCUAUUAAUGACUACACAUCUCCACUGGUGGAUGAGCAUUCCUGUAAAGGAAAGCAGACAGUGAAAUAAGAUAUUUUAAAAGCAAGACUUGCAGCAAAUCUAAUAGAACUACUGACAAGUUAACUUUCAAUAAGAUUUUAACCUAGUAUUUUCUUGUUUGCUUCUGAUUUUGUCUGUUUAGGUUAGUAAGAAAAAAAAAAUUUUGAAAAAAUAAUUAAUUACCAAACAUUUGUAAUAAAAACUAGUUUCUUAGAUAUAAUUGUCAUCUUGUUGUUCAUUCUAAGUGAAGCUAAAUUAUGUUAAUAAUAACCAUUAAAGUUCAUUUACAUAGCCUUCCGUCAUGCUUAAAUUUCCUUUCUGUAAUACUGUGAGCUCAGCUGUGAGCACAGAAAACCACAUCUCUAAAAGUCAGAUCUGGAAGGGUUUUUUCCUCCUGAAGACACUGGUGCAAGCUCCAGAAGUCUGGGGAUCAUAGUGGAAAAGAAUAAUAGGCCAGUCUAAGGACAGAAAUCCUCAAUAUCGUGUAGAAGUCCCUCUCUGCAGUCUAAGCUUGCUAAAGGCCUAGUCCCGAGAGAGCUGAGCAGUACCCCAGCAUGGUGAAGGUUGGAGGUAUUGAUAGAUACCCUUUACUCGGAGGUAUUAGCAGACACGAGCAGCUUUAGGUGCACCUUUGAUUUUCUAGUGUAGUGAGAACAAUAGUUGAUGGAAAGUGUGCACUGGGGAAAGCUGCUGCUUAUAAUUACUUAAAUUUGGUGCCAUAGCCCAUAUCUCUUCAGAUUUUUUAAAAUUAUUCACUCUUUUCUAAGAAUCUGUCCAUAAAGACCCUUUAGUAAAAGGGUCUCAUGAACCAAACUCCUCAGUGAACCACAGUAUAUAUGACGUGACAAAAUUCUACUGCUAAUAUGGAUUAACCUGACAGUUAUUGGAGAUUAUAAUUAGUUACUGUUUAUCCACAAUAAAUAAUAGCUUGUCUGUAUUUGCCCAGGUAGAUUCAGAUGAGAGAACAUAAUGUGCAAUGGCGCAGACUGCUUCUCCGUUCAUCUGCACCGUACGUGGAGCUUAGAAACGGCUGGUUGUGAAUGGCUCAGUGCCCGAGUACGGGAGACAGCUAACGUUAGUGACCCUUCCUAGGCGCUGGUGCUCCCAAACGGAACGUAUGCUGUAAAACCGCUGUCAAACACUUCGUGUGCACGCUGCUUUAUCAGAAUGUGACAUGAUGAGGGUUACAAUUCCUAAGUGUAUACUUGGUUAUAAAACUAUAAUUAAAAAGACCUUACAACAUGAGGAAAGCCUUUAUUUCUUUGCAUUCAUAAAUAUUAAGGGCUCCACCUUACUGUGGCUUUUUUUUUUCUGCACUUCAGAAAACAAGGAAGGAUGUUCUGUAAUGUCAUACAGCUAGUUGGGAAAUUGGCUCAGGGCAUUUUCUCUGCUGGGAUAUGCUGCAACAGUCUUAUGCCCGCUCUUGCCAAUGAAAGCCUCAGAGAAGACAAGUCUUUGGUAGCGUGUGGAGUUUCUUGCCGCAUCUUUGUGCCAGGUGACAUAAUAGCUGAUUCCUUUUUGGAGAAGGCAAAGUUGCACUGAUGGUUCUUUGUAAAGUCAUUAAGUUGCACUGGGGAUGUGACCCAUUAAGUUUGUUUUAAAAUAUCUUUUCUUCACAGAGUGUGUUUCCUUUCUCUGGUUAGUGAGUUUCCCUUAUGGAAAAGGAUUCCCAUUUACAUGUUUCCUCCUUUCUGCCCCACUGCCAUCUGGGCCCAUGGAGGGAGUUAACUGCAGAUGAUGGCUGUUUUGGCAGAGACUUUGCACGCCCCAGCCCUCGGCAGAUAUGGACAGAGCUAGUUCUAUCAGGAGGGCUGGAUGAGCUGGAUCCUGUAGUCAGAUUAUCUUAUAAACACUGUGCCCCACUGGAAACUGUUAUCACCCUCCUCUGCUUCUCCAGUCCCUCCCUGCUGCGGCAGGGGCUUCCAGGCUCCCGGGAGGUGAGAGGAAGGGGUGCAAAGUGGUGCAUGAGCAAAGGGGAGCAAACCACCCCAUACUCACCUCGCCACCAAGGGAGGUAGCAGGAGUCUGGACGCUUGAUCAGCAUCAAACCAACGAUUCUGGUCUGGGAAGCCUUACAGGAGCCAGCUUACCGUUUCAGGGACCAGGCCGCAGUUACGGGGCAAAUGGCUUUUGAUCCGACUUUGCUCCAUUGGCAGGAAUUCAGCAUAGCCGUAGCUACUGGUGCAGACGUAGGCAGGGCCAAGGGAAGCCAUUUGAAAAUUGUACUUAGCCCUUAGAAAGGAAAAGGUUCCUUGUGCCUAUUUUUAUAGGGAGGUACCAGAAAAUGUUUAGCGGCCCUUAAGAAACAAUCUCAACAUAGCAGAAGGGUCAGCCGAUGAUUGCUCCAGAUGCUGCGCGAUGCUGUUUUUCAGUCCAGUCGUGCUCUCCCUAGGCCUCUCAAGUUCUCGCUGUAGGCGGUGGGUUUAGCUUUGCUACAAGUAACAGUGAGGGCAGGAAGUCUGCAUGUGCUGUAGGCCAGCACUUUAAGUUCUAGCCUGGUAUCAGUACUUGUUCAGGGAAAAUAGGCCUUUCUAAGAGCUGCAGCUGAUUUGAGAGGGCAUAAAUUGGGCAGUAAGCAGGGAGCUGCCUGGAGCCAGCCAGCAGGAAAGAAUCGGCAGGAAUUAACAUCACCUGAAUCUGAGCUCAAACAUUGACUGUUCUGUCACCCACAGUGGGUGAAACACAUUAAUGGUUUUUACCCAGGUAUGGCAAACCCCAAGGACUUUCAAAAUUUUCUUUCUUAAGUGUCAGGACUGUAGAAAUUGAAUUUGUAAAUAUGCAAGAUAAUGUAUCUGUAUAUAUGUUUUCCUUUGUAAAGAGAAUGAAACUACAGAUUCUUUACUAUAAAGAUCUGGACUCUGCUCCAUGUGGAUGUUUCUUCUGAAGAGAGAGAUUAUAUAUUGCAAAAUCUCUGCCUAUCCAAUUCCAAGAGAGAAAUAUAGCCCUCCUAAUCAUGUUUCUCCCCUCAAGGACAGGGGAAACUGACCCUUCAGUGCAUCUUUCCGUACACAGGUGUGUGUAUAUACACACCCACAAACACACCCUCUGACCCUGUUCAUUCUUUCGGUCACUUUUGGUCUCUGCGAGAACUGUCUCAUGGGUAGAUGUACGUGGCACUCAGAUGUUUGCAGCUCUACUCUUUUCCCUCCUAAGCUCUUUCUGCAGCUCUGCACUCCUCGUGUACUUCCAAAGCUGUCAUGGUUACUGUUAAGGAAAAAAACUCACAGCGAAUGCAUCAAAGAGGAAGACCAAAAGCUUUGGAUUUGAUUUAUCUGACACUAAGCCUUUAGUGUGAUGCAUCAAUUGAUAUUUCAUUUUUAUUACAGUACUAUAGGAUAUACAGACUUAACAGCAAGAGGUGUCCUUUUGAUCUCUCGUGGCACGUGAAAGCAGGUGUCAUAGUCCAGAGAUUAUGUAGGUCAGAGAUUAUUUGAAGGAGGAUUAAGUAGCAUUACCAUUUUUCUUAGCAACCAUAUCCAAAUAUAUGAGAUUCUUUUUCAAAUUCAGGCCUUAUUUUCAGAACGAAGUAUUUGUUAUAUAGCCUUUCCCUGCUGAAACUAUGGAAGAAGACGAGGGUUUUUUUUUUUAAAUGUUUUGUGUUAAAAAUGCAGAAGCAGAUCAAACUCUGUGCUUAGAAAUACAAUUAAUAAAAUAUCUUUUUGGCAUUUCCUAAAGUCCAGAAAGACUUUUUUUUCUGUUAGUUGAUCUUUACAGAAUGAAAUUUCUGAAAUCAUCCAGAGAAUAAUACGAUGACUAUAUUGAUAUUCAAUAAUGUCGUGAUUUAUAUUAUAUGCAUAUGUUUAUCUACAUGUAUACAUAUCUAAUUGCUUAAUGCAAAUCCAAUUUACAUCUGAAAAGUGAACAGAAGGCUAUAAUGCAGGAAGUAUUGGUUCAGGUUUUUAAUAAAUGCAGUGGUGCUUCUGAAA